AUGUCAACACUGACAGUUAAGGCCCAGUUUGGGUUUGAAGUGAAAAAACUCAAAAAUGGAAAAUUGUGUGAGACUAGCAAUAUCAUGACCAAAUGGAUUGAAAACCAAGGCUUGAAACGAGCUGCAGUGACAAAUGCACCAAGACCAAAUGGGGAGCUAUUAGUAUCAGCACUGAACCUCUCGAGUUUCUUUGAAGUUUUUGUUAUUGCAAAUGAAUGUGAACGAGCAAAACCAUUUCCUGACCCUUACUUGAAAACUCUUCAAGCACCUAAUGUCUCACACAAACAUGCUUUCGUCUUUGAGGAUUCUGCCUCUGGGGUAAAAGCUGGAGUGGCAGCUGGAAUGCCGGUGGUGGGUCUAGGCACAAGGAACCCUGAAAGUUUACUGCUAGAUGCUGGAGCUUCUUUUGUUAUUAAAGAUUUUGGUGACUCAAAGUUGUGGGAAGCACUGGAAGAGUUAGAGAAUAGAGCAGUCAUACAGUAAAGUAAACAAAGGACGAACCCACAGUAAAUUUCU